AUGAUCACCAGGAAACCAUACAGAAUACGAAGUUUUGUAAAUCGAUACUGCUCCAUAACAAGGGAUUUAUCAAAAACAAAUCUAAAUGUGGCCACCCAUGAUCGAUCUACAGCCAAUGCGCUAAGGAGAAACCAAAGACGAUUAGAAGAGUUUGAGAGCAACAUUGAACUUGCAAAACAAUUCAAGACUCAUAGACAAAAUGUAGUGGAAAUAUUGAAAGAUGAAAAAAACAUAGAUGCAUUAUUUGAAAAAGAAGUGCCAAUAUUAGUGAAUGAUUAUGGGAAGUUGACUGAAGAAAUGGGAGUUUUGAGUUUUAAUGAUAUUGAGAUGAGAAAUACAAUAAUGUUGGUAUGUCAUUCCUUGGUGGAAUCAAUGUAUAUUGAAUUGACUUUGAAUAAACUCGAAGAUAAACGAAUAAAGCCAUAUCUAGAAGAAAUAAAACUGUCCUACUGGUUUGAAUCACUAGCAGAAUAUCGAUUUCGUUUCUACAACUUCAAAUCGUCACAAUUUCUAAGUUCUACUGAAUCAGACAUGAGUACUCAAAUUAAUGGAAAUAAUUUUGUGAGGUUUAAUCUGUGUCAAAAAGAUUCUCGCGAAUGUAUUGAAAAGUUUGAAAGAUCAUUUGAAAAAUAUAAAAAAGCGCAGAAUGAGUCGAUAGCACAUAUUCAACUAGGAAUAAACAUUGUUCAGGAUCUAUUGUGUGCACAUGAGUAUAUACCCACAACAGAAAUAUGGCACUACUUGCUUGACAAUUUAGGCAAGUUACAAUUAUACAAUUACCAGCAGAUUAUUUAUUUGUCACUUUUCCAAUAUAAACAUCAACCAACAAUUCUUGCCACACCAAAAGAAAAAGAUAGGUUGACUGCUCCAUUAAUGGCAGAUCAUUUUAGUCACUUGAUAGAGGAUUUCCCAGAAAUACUAAGCACGUUGUGCAAAUACCAAGAAGUGAGAAAAGAUAAACGAACUUUUAUAGAACUCUUGUCAUUUUUGAAAUUGGAUAAAUUGGCAGGAGAAGUGAUGGCUUUAAAGAGUCCUCUAUUGUCGAAAACCAAAUAUAAAUUGCCAGCUAUAUGCCCGGGAAUUGAAUUUGAAUCCAAGGAUUUGUUUAUUUCACGUAACUGUUUAUACCUAAUUAUGCAGUCAGCUAUAAACUUGGGAUUGUAUGAGUACGUCGAUUUAUUAUAUGAUAAAAUUGUGUUGGAUUCAAUUGAUCCACACCGGAUCCAAUUAAAUUAUGAAGAAAAGCGUCUAGUUGAAGGGUCAAUUUUCACACCAGAGUUGUUUUUAAUCAUGUUAGAAGCUUGUAAGAAAUCCAAAGAUUUAGGUAGAGUAUUAUGGUUGAUGCCCUUUUUAGAUGAUUAUGUGGGCAAAAACUCUGUACCAGUUACCUUGAAGAUUUCAAUAUUGGAAGUACUAAAGAUCUUUAAUCUUGAAGGGAAACUUGUUUCUUAUCAAAAAAUCAUGUAA